UCAACCAUAUAAAAUUUUAUUUUAUUUUUUUAUUUUAAUCGUCGCAAAAUAUGUACUUUUAUAUAAAACUUGUAUGUUUAUUUGGUAUUUUCCUACUUAGAGCUUUAGCCAAAGAUAUAUCCUAUGAUGUCAAUUACAAUAUUAUAUUUGGGAAUCAACAUGUUGUAUCCUUCAACCAAGGAAGAGAACUUCAGAUUUCAAUGGACAAAUCUUCUGGAUCUGGCAUUGGAUCUAAGAAGAAUUAUGGUUCAGGCUCAUUUCACAUGAAAAUAAAACUACCAAACAAAGACUCAGCAGGAGUUGUUGUUGCUUUUUAUGCGCCUCAACUGAGUGGAGUCACGGGGUGUGUCAUAUAAGACAAAAGAUGUACAAUAUUUUAAUAUAUAUAUAUAAAAUAAACAUUAAUUUAGUUAAAAUGUGUCUGUGAGAUUUCGUUCA